AUGUUGUCAAAAGAAGAAUGCAAGACGCUGGGUAAAUGCAUCACCGGUUGCAUCUUCGUUAUGGGCAUAUUCGCCAUACUCUGCAUGUUUUCCGUGGGUAAGUCCCCUGAUCCUCCAGAAUUUUCUAUUCGAAGAUUUUAUGUUCCUAACCUAAAUAAAACCUUUACUGAUUUGCAUUACAAGAUGAUUGAUACCAUAUCAGUUGAUCUUGGGUUUGAGAUAAAAGACGCUACCGAAACCGAUAUUUACUAUGAUAGUUUGAAAAUAAGUCUUUAUUACUACGUCUCCAAUGCUACUGCUGGAGACGACGUUGUUGUACGUAUACCCGUUGGAAAUAUAUCUCUUCAUCAUUUUAAACAGUCAAAUAUUACUAAGCACGCUCUGGAUCAGACGGUUCAAACUUUUGGGAUUCCUUGGGAGGAAGCUAAGAUGGCGGUUUCGAAUGGGGGUAAUACGACGUUUCUGGUUGAUUUAGUUUCGGAUGUUCGGUAUCGUAAGCUGCAUGGUUUGGUAAUUACUAAGACAUAUAAGGUGAAGGCGGGUGUGAAUGUCACUGUCAAUGACCAUGGAGCUAAAUCAGUACCUGAAUUUUUAAAGUUCACUUCAGCUUCUUGA